AUGAUCUAUAACCACUAAAGCGCCACGGACACGUGCUCCAAUAAAAACAGUUGCUAGGCAACCAGGGAAGCUAUCGCCAAGCUAACACAAACUCGAGAGUACGGGAAGCUAAAUUUAAAAAAGAAAGAUAACAACGAUUUUAGCAUCACUAUGUCCUGGACCAAGCCAAAGUCUAUGAGUAGAGCACAAAGAUGGACAACAGAAGUCGAGAACCUUUUCAGGUUUCAGCAAGCAGGCUACAGAGAUGAGCUGGAGUACUUGCAGGUCAAACAAGGUGCCAUGAUUGACAAAUGGCCAGAAACUGGAUUUGUAAAGAAACUUCAGCGUCGGGAUAAUACCUUUUAUUAUUACAGUAAAAAAAGAGAGUGCCAAGAAAGUGAGGUUCAUAAAGUCAAAGUCUAUAUGUAUUAGGGCAUUACAGACUCUU